AUGAAAGAGAUUAUUGAGAUUGUAGCACUUUUUCUAGGUUUUGCAAGCUGGAUAUUGAUUUUAGUAUCACUUCAGGAUCAGUAUUGGAAAGAGUCCACCACAGAAGGCAGUGUAAUUACAACGUCCACGAUCUAUGAGAACCUCUGGAUGUCUUGUGCAAGUGAUUCAACAGGGAUCUACAACUGCAGAGACUUUCCAUCCCUUUUUGCUCUCCCAGGUGAGUUAAAGUGUAAUUUUCUAACUGCUUUUUCAUGAUCAUAAACUCACAAAUUAUCAGAUACUACAACAAUGCUUGGUUUGUAUAUGGAGCAGCUUAAUAAUUGAAAAUUGACAGUCAGUGACACAAAAUACUUGUAUGAGUACUUAUUUUUAAAUAUGUAUAUACAUUAUCAGUUAUGCUUAAAUGUAUUUCUCAUGAUUCAGCUUUAUGUAAGGGCUGACUGUGCGUUUUCUAAUCUUCACUCUUCCUUUGGACGGUCAAGGGAAGUAACUGAAUAACAAGAGUCUUUAAACUAUGGAUACAGAAACACACAGCACCUAAGAACAGAAUAGAAAAAUAAGACAGGUGAAAAAUAAGCUUGAUUUUUCUUGGUUGGACAAAGUUGUACUUUUCUCUCAACUGUUGUGAUCUAUCAUAUAGACUCACAAUGGAAGAAAAGAAACAGAGUUGAACAAAACUUAAAGUCUUUGAAAGACUGAGGCAUGAACUUUUGAUCCAAGAGUGUAAAUACAUAUGAAUAUACAUAGAGAAUCAUACAGCCCAUUCUCCAUGCUCAAGUAUUCCUGUAUCAAUUCCUUAAAUUUUGUCAGCAGUGUUUUUUCUUAUGCACCACUGUACCACAUUCCUUAUGUGUUAAAGCCCACUUAGCAGCAGCUGUCUGAUUUUGUAUUUUAAUCUAUUGAGAGCAGCAGCUGUGCAAUCCAGUAUCACAGUUAUGUCUAAGGUUGUAUAGCAAAGAUCUUUACUGAUUAUAUUUGAGUAUUAGGAAAGCACAAUUUUUAAGAAAGUAGUCAAAUUUAAAACCUAGGGCACUAAGAACAAUGAACCUAUCAUUAAAUUUACAUAAACUUCUCUUUCUAUACUAUAUUUUUUAUUGAAUAUAGUAAAUAUAUAUAGUAUUUUUUUUUUUAUUGAGCUAUUUAUUCAAAAUCUAAACAGUAUCUAAUCAGCGAUUAAAUUCAAUUGCCCGCAGAAGAAUGUCAUUCCUGCUGAGGCUUUUACCUCUAAACCCCUAAUAGUCAUCUAAGACAAAAUCCAGUCAAAUCAGAAAUGUCUGUUGAGGCUAUGUUGAGUCAAAAUGAUUCAGUAAAACAGUUCUUUGAUUUAGCUUUCCAGUAUUAACCAUAAAGAACAAUAUUCAGGUCUACAAGGCUACAGCAGUGUUUCAUUACUGUGAGAUAAGCAUUUUGGGCACAGUUGUCAGGCGAGCAAACAGAGUUUUGAGAGGGGGGACAGACCCGAUCUCCCGCUGGAAAUAUGUGAUCAUGCAACCCCAACUCCUGAGGGCACAAAAUUGCCUCCUCAUCCUUUUGACUCAGGGUCAGGUGAGGAGCCAGAUCCUGCCUUAAAUCCCAUCAAUAACGUUUCAGAUUAUUGACACGGUGUUCAAAAGAAAUGUCCAAAAGUGACAAAUGGCUUUAAGUCUAUAGAUGUUAGCGAGCAGGUUUGAAGGUUGGACUUCGCUGCUCUGUGGUCCCUCAAGUUGAGUAAACAUUUGGAGCCUUUGAAAAGGUUCAAUAGAGUUGAGAACAAUAGGGGAAAUCAUAAGUGGACUAUUUGGAAUUAAUCAUUGAUUUGUUGUUUUUCGAACAUCUCAGCUCUUGGGGUUGGUAGGAACUCGUCUGGCAUUUUGAGACUGCGGGGCCACACGUUUGAGAAGGUAGAUUCCUCAGAGAGUUAACGUUUGUGAGAAGUGCUUCUUUCUUUGGAUAACUUCACUCGGGUAUAGCAGACGCAAGAACUAUGAAUGCUAUAGUGGAAGCUUUUGCUUUCUUCUUGGGGUUUCUGGGCUGGCUGAUGGUUGGUGUCGCCCUUCCAAAUCGAUACUGGAGAGUCUCUACAGUGGACGGUAACGUUAUCACCACAUCAACCAUCUAUGAAAACCUAUGGAUGUCCUGUGCAACCGACUCUACUGGGGUUCACAACUGCAGGGAUUUUCCAUCUUUGCUCGCGCUGAGUGGUAUGUUGUCAACAUCGGAAUUGUAUUUGUAUUGAUGGUGUCUUAUCAGUCUUAACUGCUAAUCUUCCCACACAAACUUGAAGAGAUACAAAAAAAAAAACAAGGCACACUCUUUGAGCCACUGAGAAUAACAACUUAAGUGGGUUUCAUAUGAAGUAGUCUAAGCCUUAAAGAUUCAGAUUCAAUGUAGCUGCAUUCAGUAACUCUGGUUCAACCUAAAAAGAUUAUAAAAAUGACUGUGCUUAUUUAUCAUUCCUCUCUUGAUACGUGUGGGACCUUGGUGUGGCUAUAAAAGCUAUCAGGAGCAUUCUACUGUAGUGACUAUUAUCAGUAGUAAAGAAGGGUAAUAUAAGAUAUGAUAGGGUGAACGAGGAUAAGUGAGAAGCACCAUAAUAAACCCAUACAGAUACUGAGAUAAUCUAAGAAAAAUAGGACAAUACAGUCGAUUCCUAUUUAUUAGAGCCUAAUAACUACUUUGGCAUUAAGUGCCUGAUGAAGUAUUACUUGUGAUAUCAAUGCAAACAUUUAACAGAUAGAUAAGACAAGUGGUUUCUGGCAUGUGAUAAUCAGGAAUCUGGCUACCCAGCCCUACUCUCGUGUUCUGAAUUGAAGCUUGUGUUGCAGUCAUCAAGGGCAAAGGCAUACUGUCUGGUUUAAAUUACAGAGAUGGUUUGUUAGAUGUCAUGAGUUAAAACUGCGGGCCCCCUCUGGCCAAUUCCUUUCCACUAAAGCGGGUCAAGAACAUGAGCUUAAUGAUUUUUUUCUGCUUUAGAGUCCAGAUACUUGGGUUGACAGUGUUUGGAUUCAGUGUUUGAGCUUAAGUUGUGUUUUGAAUGAACUUUCAACUCUAACUUCAAUUUUGGCACUGCUGGACAAAAUAAAAAUAAAUAGAACACCAACAUAGAAAACAUGAGAACACAAUGUUACAAAAAGUAUGUUUGGCCUCUGCCAUUCAAUGCAAACAGGGAAAUUAAUCACAAGCUGAGUCAUAAUGAGCAUUGAACACACCUCAAUGGAUACUGUGAGUAACCACCUUUAGACCAAGGCUUUAGCAGUCAUGUCAACAAAACAAGCUUGGUUUGGUAUCAGUGAGCCUCACACUUAGUUCAACACAAGUUUUUCCAAAGACUUAAUAAGUUACAUUUCAUCUCCUCCUUUACUAGCGCACUGGUGUAUUUUAUUCAUUUUUCAUUAAAUAUACACCAAAGUUAUGGAUAUAUGACUAUAUAUACAGCACAGUGUCAUUAUUUUACUCUUUAUGUUUCAACACAGGGUACAUUCAAGCCUCUCGUGCUCUCAUGAUCGCUGCCAUCGUGUUUGGGACCUUUGGGCUUGUGGCCACUCUUGUGGGAAUGCAGUGCUCCAAAAUUGGAGGUGAAAACUACAUCCUGAAGGGGAGGAUUGCUGCGAUUGGAGGAGCAUUCUUUUUACUACAAGGUAAAGACUUGGCCAUUGAAUUUGAUGAUCAUAUAAAAAAACGAGGUGUUGGCUCAGAAGUAAAGAUUUUUUUGUGCUUUAGUAAGACAAGGAGCCAGUUCUUUAAGAGGAUUCAGGAAAAUGUUUGGCCCCAAUGAGCAAAGCUGAUAAUGAUUAAAUUCUCUUCCAUUACUUCAACAUGAAGAAAAAGUUUCAAGCCAUCUUGACACAAAACACCAAAGGUGACACAUAUUUGGCACCCCAAUCUCUGUGUACAAAAGACAAGCUAUCAGAAAAUGGCUCACUAGCUCAAGAGGUUAUCUCCAACAAACUGGCUGAUACUCAAAAAGCCUGAUAUAACCAAAGCUUCUUACCUCAGGCCCGCGUAAAUUCAAAAUGUGACACACUAACAGGAGAAAAACAACUACUCUGUUUUUGCAGCCAUAAGGGCGACUUGGUAUUACUGCCUCAUAUCUGUUUUGAUAUGACUGACAUUGAUUCUAUUCUCCUCUGACGUAAGUAAACACUAUCUUUUGCAGGGAUCUGCACCAUGAUUGCUGUGUCCUGGUACGCAGCAAACAUCACACAGGAGUUCUUUGACCAGUUUUAUCCAGGGACAAAGUAAGUCUCUAUAACCUGUAUCAGCUUGACAAAGGCUGAAACAUCAAUCACAGUCAUACUAUUGUGAUGGUGGGUUCAGUUAUGACACAAUAAAACUAUAAAUCUAUAUGUUGUUGCAUCACAGGUAUGAGAUUGGAGAGGGCUUGUACAUUGGCUGGUCUUCAGCUGUUCUCGCUAUGUGCGGAGGCUCCUGCCUGUUGUGUGCAUGUAAAUACACAUCAGACGAUGAGAAAGUGUGAGUAUCUGCUGCUUCCAUGCUACAAAGUAACAAUAGGAAUAAAUGAGUACAAUGUGUGGUGCAUAUUCUUAAAUUUAUACAUCAUCUUUUAGGCAAUAUCCAUACCAGCCAGCCUCCCGAGGACAUGCACUGUCAACUGUGGCAACAUCCCAGACAGCGCCAAGCCACUAUGGAAGAAACGCUUAUGUCUGAGAAGUGAUGGAGUAAGAAGGAGAUCUGGGUGGACAGCAGAUGAUUGACCAGAUUAAAUGUUUGAGGAGAUUAUGCACAGCCUUUGAUCAUUUCAGUGCAUUACAGGAGGUUGUAUUUACAGAAUUCUGAUCACUGUACAUUAUUCUGACAAAAAGAGACUUGAUUUGGGGAUGUAUUGGUUUUACUCAUUCUCACACAUUCACUUUGUAUGGUAUUUUUAAAAAUAUUUAUGUACAGUGGAAAAUACUUCACUGUUCCAGUUUAUAUAAAGUACUUAAUUGUGGGAUUAUUGAGAGAAGAAGCCACAUUGUACAAACACCAGAUGUGCAAAUAGAGAGGAACCUGUUGUAACAAGUCAGAAUCAGUUUGAAGGAAACAAAGAAAAUAUUUUAUAACCAUUUUUAUGUGUAAUAGUUCUUCAUAUUAUUAAAAAAAAACUUAACUAUCUUAUUUACUUUUCCCUUUAUAUUUUUAAGUCUGACUGGAACAAGAAGAACAGAUGACAAAAAAAAAUAUUUGAUUUCUAGAUUUCCACAGACUGCUUUGCAUGUUAUUCAGUCUAUGUGCCAUUAGUAUUUAUUUGACUUCAGUCUAUAAAAUGUUGUAACCCACCUCAGGUAACACCCCAGAGAAAAGCACACUGUGUUGAGGCUAUAUCAGCAAAAUGAUCUUGUCACCUUUGGUAUUCCACCUGCUUGCUUUACUGUCCACCAAAGAGUUUAACCCCAAAAGCGCUACCCACCCAGACAAAACCAGACAGAUUUAAAACCAAAGAACAAGUGUUUGCUAAUAAUACUGAUAAAUUUGUUUGUUUGUUUUGAGUAAAUAUUGUUGUAGAAGGUUUAACCAUCAAUAGGAGUAGUUUUGUGGGGUUUAUGCAUUGUAAACUGUUUUGGUGUGUGUGUAUUGUGAAUGUUAUUUCAUAAGUCUUUAUUUAGGGUGACUAUUAUGUGUUGUUGUAGAUUUUGUACAUUUUAUAAUACUCAAUAAACGGUAUUUCCAGUGACUAUUUACUCUACAAGAGAAAGCUGGAGGUAUACAAUCUUUUAACAUGAAGUGUUUAGAGCUCUGAGCGAUGCAUUUAAUACUGACAGAUAAUAAUGCCAGCUGAAAUAAUUAAAGCUAAUAUUUUCUCACCAACAGGUCUCAUAAAAAAUGAACACAUUUGAUUAAAAAAAUAACAGUUUAAGAGACAAAACAGUCUAGUUGCCUUGACUUAAUUUUACUGCAUGAGCACAGCGAUCAGACAGGGUGAGUAGGUGCAAAAAGCCUGUUGCUUAAAUGUGCCACCUACUGGAGGGACACGGCGUCACAUACAGAAUGUGAUUUACCUAAAAGAAAUCACACUUUGAUCUUUUACAAGCUUUCUACAAACUGAUGAGAAAAAUUUCGAUUAAAAAGUGACAGACAGAUCAAGCAUACUGUAAUGACAUUAUAGUGUACUAGUGAAUCACAUUUGAAUGUGUCAAUUCAUGAAUAUUAUUUUCUUAAACUGAUUGGAAGUCAGGGUAAUUAAGCUUAUGCUGACCCAAACUUAUAUAUAAAAGAUCAUGCACAAGUUCUUUUUUGUCAGAUUUUCUUGGAGACUUUCAAUCUUUAGGUGCUUCAUUUGCUAAAUUGUCCAGGCUUUGGUUAUCAAAGCGUAUGAAAUGCCAGCCCUCACUUUCAGUGAGGUCUUGAGCUCCUUUAGCGGCAUAAAAGUCUCGAGAUGGAGUAUUCCAGUCGAACACAGACAUCUGCAGCCGCACACACUGCUUCUUUUUCCCCACCUAAACAAAUCAAACACUUCUUUGGUUAAUCGUGCCCUGCUAUCACACCUCAUCUAUUCCCUCUAGGGUCAAUUCAGAAAAACUGUGAUCAGUGACUGACAAAAAACAAACUUACCUCUGCUACUUUGCUGAGUAAACCUUUACCAAUGCCAUUUCCUGCCAAGCAAACAAAACAAAAUGUUCCAACAGAGGAGCAUCUUAUCAGAAACAAAUCAAUUUUUCACAUUGCUUAAUAUGAAUGUAGGUUUUUUUAUUCAUAAACUCAACCCAUAUUUUACCUCUAAAUUCUGGCAUCACAUACAGAUCCUCCAAAUAUACUGACCGCCCCUUCCAUGUACUGUAGGUGUAAAAGUAAAAAGCGUAUCCAACCAGCGUGAAUCCUAUGGGGACAAAAGAGUAAAGCUAUCAAACGAGAUAAUUAUGCUAAAAAUAAUGAUUGUAACUUAACUAAAUACCAUGUAGGAAGCACCUGUGUGCCUGCCAUUAAAAUCAGUUUAACUCUACAUUGUUAAAGUCAUUAAAAUCUCAGGGAAAGUUUACACAUAUCCAUGCAUCAUCUACAGUGACAGAUGCUAUUGAUUGUAAAGAAAAGACAUCAAGUUGAAGUUUAUCUAAGAGCUUUGCCAGAAUAACCCUGCCUGUGUGUUAUACUUAGCUGUCUCAUCAUGUCCUGAAUAGUAUUAACUCAGUUACCAUAUAACAUCAUGUGUCUAUCUUCAGUUUAAGCACUAAGAAGGAAAAAUUAGGGCAUCUCUACAAGGAACUUUCUUAUGUGAAAAUAAUGCGAGAGUUUGCAGCAGAGUAUUAUUGCAUGAGACAGACACUUUACCUUCUGUUGAUUUAUUCUCUUCUGGCACUUCAGCAACAAGACAUUCAAAGAAGGGAUUCUGGCAGAAACCAUCACGCUCCAGUUCUUGAGUCAAAACAGCAGAUUAUUAACUGAAAAUGAACCAUUUAACUUGGCCUUGUAUUCAAACUUCAACUAGCAUUCAAACAAAUGGUGAUAUUGACACAAAAGCAUCUUGUGGCUCGUAAGGAAACACUAGUGAUCAAGCUUUGGAUGACAAUUGUCACAAAUGGAAUAAGAAGUUUUACAAAACUGUGGCUGAUUUACUGAGACUGUUGCCUUCUGUAAUGUGCAAGUCCACAUCAAGCCUGUCUGGGUAAUGUGAUUUUGGACUAGGAUCUUGUUUCCAGACCCCAUGUCCCCCUAAUAUGCUUGUUCUGUCCCCAGGUAAAAGCAGAAUUACCUUCAUGGGAUAUCUUCACUUGGUCUGGCAUUUUUACAUACACUGCCAACUCCUGAGAAAAAGGAAAUAUUAUAUUAACAUUAUAUAUCUGGUCUUGUCAUUAUGCAAAAUACCACUAACAUUGAGGACAGGUGCAUUACUGUCAGCUUUCUGAAGCAUGGCAGUAUUCUUGGAGAGGGGGUUUUAAAACAGGUCUGGGAGCUAGUUCAGUUACAGCAACACACCGAAACUCACCAUUAUCAUUCUUGAUAUCCCUUUACAGUCUUCUUUAGUAGCAGGUCGAAUUUUAAAAUUCAUGUCUGCGUAGAUAACAGAAACAAGUAUUUGUUCACCGCAAAGCAAAAUAAGGUCAGUGUCGUUCUUUUAAUGCGUGUCUCAAAGUAAACAUUAAACUCAUUGAGCAUGUCAGAGGUGGUUCUGGUGCCAAUAUCUGAUUUUCAAAGUAAAAGACCAUGAAUUUCAAUGUCCGAAAUAAAAUAGUCUGUAUGCUAAAUUUAACAACUUAUUUGUUUACGCAUCAGGCGUGGAUUUUCCAUUUCAUAUUAAGUGCCUUUAGCUUCGCCAUACAAUGCUGUACCUUUAACUGUUUGUCAUCGCAAAGCUUCGGGAGUCGUAGUUAAUGGCAGAAGUAGAGAAAGCACUGACAUAUUCUACACCAACAGAAUUAAAUUUCCUUCUACUAUUUUGACCAGAGUCUAAGUAAAACCAUUUUUGAUAAUCUUAUCAAAUAAAAGCAAAAAUGUAUUCGUUUACCAUUAACCUUUGGUAGGCUGUAUUGGGACAAAGGAAAAAGUACAGAGAAAGUGAAUUUCGUUCCACCACGCUGGUGCUACUUGUUCAAUGCAUUUUUGCAUAGACAAUACCCUUCUGGACUUUGGGUUAAAAUAUCUACUCAGGCUAUCUGUCAGACUUUUGUCACCAGCCAGAAAUGUAUGUGAGUAACUGAAAAAGCAUUAUAUAGUGCUGCUGUUUUUGCUUGUAGAAACUGCUAUGUUGAUUUUGGCAAGACAAAAUCUUUCUCAAAUGUCAUAAAUACAUCUACCUAACACCUGAAACAGUUAUUGGUGCCUUAGUAUACACAUAAGUGAAUUCAUGAGCCCAUGACCUCGAGCGAGGUUUCUUUCGUGAAGUUUCAGAUGCCGUGGUUGGGAUGCAUCGGCGAUACUGGCUGAAGGGUUUGACUGACCCGCGGCUGCAUCACGUUCUUGUUUCUUUUCAGCCAAACUCAGACGCCCUUCGCAAAUAAAUCGCUGGUAGCAUGUCAUGUGAAUCCCAGCGUCAUCAGGAACAUUGUCAAAGUCGAUAUCAACGCAAAGUUUAUAAGUUUCUGCGAGGUCCUUUGUCUCACCCUGUAGAGAAAGCCACUUUCUCAUACUAGUUCUGUAAGUUUCCCAACAUGUUCUUGUAAAGUCGAGAACGUCUUCACUCUGGACAGAUAACAGAUGCAUAUAGCAUCGUUUCGUUCCUUUUUAUGCACUUUUGAAGGCUGUUUUCUUUUUUUCCUUUUCUUUUCUUCCUCAUCGCUUGUCUCGCUGCUAGAUGCGCUUGUCGCCAUGUUUGUGUUGUUCUGAUACUAUGGCAACGAUCUUCUGCUCCUAUUGGUCCACGUGACAAAAAUCGCUUCAACCCUUUGCAUAUUCGAUUCUGCGUGUGCAAGUAUCACUACGCCGCAGAAAGGAAAUAGUUCGACACCGAAACACUGAUUACUAAAAAUCGGCUGGAUGACAUGAGUAGAUAUAUUUUUUAGUAAUUACUAUCAAUAGAGUUAUUUUAUGAAUCACAGUUUAUGUUGCCCCACUGAAGUGGAACGAACCAACACGAUCUCACUCAGCCAAUACAGCCUAUUACAAGCUUUCUACAAACGGAUGAGAAAAAUUUAAAUUAAAAAGUGACAAACAGAUCAAGCAUACUUUAAUGACAUUAUAGUGUACUAGUGAAUCACAUUUGAAUGUGUCAAUUCACAAAUAUUAUGCUGACCCAAACUUAAGUACAAAAAGAUCAUGCACAAGUCCCUUUUUUGUCAGAUUUACUUGGAGACUUUCAAUCUUUAGGUGCUUCGUUUGCUAAAUUGUCCAGGCUUUGGUUAUCAAAGCGUAUGAAAUGCCAGCCUUCACUUUCAGUGAGGUCUUGAGCUCCUUUAGCGGCAUAAAAGUCCCGAGAUGGAGUAUUCCA